AGCAAAUGGGAUUCCCCUGACUGAUAUAGGCAGGUCUCUGGACCGCGCCGCAGACCAGAAAACCGUUGUUUUGAGACCCUGUUUUUGUUAAUCACGGAUGAAACUAUCUUUGGAACGUGUGUAAACUUCAGCCUAAAAUAAAAAAUUCUGUUCGGAUAAAAUUUAAAACCGGUUUUUUUUAAUGUUCGGCAACUUUUUCAAAUGCGUUAAUUAUGCAGCAGGUUUGAGCAGGUUUGGAGCGUGUUAUAGCGUGAACCGUAUUUGAAACAUCGACCAGAAAAUUUUCAACAUUCAUCGUGCAGUAACGUGUUAGUAAAGAUGGUAGAAGCAUUGGUCCUAGUGUUUGUCAUAUUUUUUACUGCAGCUGGGCACUGCAUCGAUAAUUCUUGGAUGCUGCCAUACGAACGCACAUCGAUAAAUGAUUGCGAGGUACGAUUUGUUAGAAACGUUACGAGCACAAGAUUUCUGCAUGCGGGCUAUAAUGCUGCUGGAACAGUGUUGGGGGAAUUCGCACACAUUGCCGCCAUCGGAUGGACCCAGCAAGAUGGCACAGUCGAAUGGUUGUGCGGAGGAUCGUUGAUUGCGGAUAGUUUCAUUCUUACCGCAGCACACUGUGCCGCCGAUUGGAAGCUAACGGCGCCGGAUGUAGCACGCAUGGGCGAUAUCAAUAUCUACAGCGACCAGGACGAUGAAUAUGCGCAGCAGCUCACCAUCGUGCAGGUCAUUCGACAUCCAAAGCAUCGUUUCGGUGUACGCUACUACGACAUUGCCUUGAUGAAGCUGGAGACAAACGUAUGGAGAACUUCCUACGUUGCUCCGAUUUGUUUAUGGCUGCAGGAUGAAAUACCUUCAACUCGCUUACUAGCGGCCGGCUGGGGCCAAACAGAUACAUACGGCGAAACGUCUCAAAAUCUGCUGCAAGUUGAACUGUCCCUCGUAAACAACUCUGAAUGUGCCAAGCAUCAUCCGGCCGGUGGCAUUGCGUUACGCAGCGGAAUAGAGGAUCAUCAGAUCUGCGCAGUAGAUCCCGUGAUGGAUCUUUGUCCGGGUGAUUCUGGCGGACCGCUACUUGUGAAGCUUAAUUCCUUUUUUGGCGUUUAUGCACCGUUCCUCGUGGGUGUAACAUCGUUCGGUAAAGCGUGCGGACUAGCCAUACCCGGCGUUUUCGUGAAGGUUUCCAAGUUUAGAAAAUGGAUAUUUCAGCAGCUUGAGCUCAACGGGGAAAGGAUAUCACCACAGCUGUCUGAUCCGGUAGUGUGUGCCUCGCAUUACGCUGAACGUUCUGGGAAGAAAUCGUAUGGAAAUACCCAACCACUAUUCAUAAUCAGCGUAGAGUUCAAUGAUGCAUACACUGUAUCGUUAGAAUGGUCGGGAACAGCCGCACCGAUACGAUGCUCAGGCACGCUUAUCGAGCCCAACGUUGUGCUGACGUUGGCGCAGUGUACGUCGCAUCAGGGUGCCCAACCGAGUCGUGUGGUGUUUGCCGAUUCUACCGCGAUGAAAAUUCGCGACGUCAUUGUACACCCAAACUUCACGGAGCAUGCACCGUACCACAAUAACAUAGCGGUGCUAAGGCUCGAAUCAUAUGCCUCGGCAGUGCCGGCCUGCGGAUGGUAUGAGGACUCUUUUCCCGUAAAUAACAUUAAGAUCCAAGGGUACAAUUAUAAUAGUCAAUCGAUUCUCGUAUCAUCCACCAUUACACCCCAAACUGACUGCAAUGCGGUGCGGAAAUAUUCUUCACCGUUUCCUCAAGGCAUUCAAGAUGAGCACAUAUGUUUUAAAAAUCCGCACUUUCUAAUACCGCACGUUUGCGAUUUAAAGUUAGGUGCUUCAAUUCAACCUAAACCCACAUCCAACUUUGUGUGGGGAUUAAAUAUGCUCGGACGCGACUGUGGGUACGGAGUGCCGGCCGUCGGUGUUCGGCUGAGUGCACAUAAAGCGUGGCUAGAGUCGGUGUUGCUACCGCGAUCGUCGCCGAGAAACGAAGGUUUGGUGUACAUUGAUUCUGAUUUAGAUGUGCAGGACGAAUGCAAGUAUGCAGAUGGAACAAAAGGAACGUGCACUCCGCAGCAAAAUUGUCCCGCUAUCCACGCACGACUGCAGAGUAAGGAACAGCUUCUGUUCUGUGGAAAUACGGCUGUAGUUUGCUGUCCCGAGAGAGCAACCAACCUGGAGACUAAGGUGAUAGAGGACGAGUUCAAUGAAUGUGAAGCGCGUUACAGACACCUCCGCACAGAGCGACAGACAAAUACAUCACACAUGGCGGAGAUAGGAUGGCAGGAAGCGGAGAGUGUUACGUACGACUGCUACGGAUACUUGAUCAGCACACGCGGCAUUGUAUCGUCCGCCUCAUGUCUACUGGGAAAAGCCAAGCUGCCCAAUAUCGUGCGAUUGGGAGGACUGGGAACCCGCGGCAGUUCGGAAAUAUUUCGUGUCGAGGAAUUCAUAUUCCAUCCAAAGUACAACAGAACCACUCAACAGCAUAAUAUCGCGAUAGUGAAGCUGGAAUCAGCCGUGGAACCGUCGGAACAUGUUUUCCCCGGCUGUCUGUGGCAGAAUGUCACCCAUUCGCCAGUUCUGCAGCAGGUGUAUGAUUACGAUUCCAACCAAUAUUAUUCUAUUCAUCCAAUGUACCAAAGUGACUGCGAGUCCGUGACCGGUGAUCUAAAUCUUCAGGAACCCGAAGCAACCUGCAUGAAUCCGGGGUGGAUAAAAUACUACCACAACUCCAUCCUGGACAUGGGAUACAGCUUGAAAAAAGAUGGCUCGGAUGACAUGAAAUCUGUUUGCUUUCAAAGUGGAAAUCCCAUAAUUUGGAGAAAUUUCACACAGAGCGAAGCGUACACCGAAUACUUGGUCCAUACGUACAACUAUGGUGAAUGCAAUGAGACGUCUGUGCGUAUCGUUGAGCGCGUGGCCAUGUACAUCGAUUGGUUUAAGCAAGCACUUCUGUAAGCAUUGAGCUGGGUGAGACUAUCAGGUUGUAACGAUUCUACUAACAAAUGAAUGGUGAAUGGUGAAAUGGUGAAUAAAUGAAAAAUGAACUAAUGAAAUGAAUUUCUACUAAUCGUACGCAUAAAUGUAUGUAUUGUGCAACGGAAAAUAAACUUCACACCAGCACGGUUUCGCGUUAAA